CAGAAAAUGAACGACUGCGCCAUCCAACUACCUACUGAAGACGAGAAAUGGCUGAGCUUCCGCAACAUCAACAAUAAGGAGCGCGUGCCGUUUGUCGUCUAUGCUGACCUGGAGUGUACAUUGGAGAAGACGGAGAAGGAGGAUAUGGAAAUAUCGUACCAGCAUCAUCAAGUAUUUAGUUUGGGAUAUUAUGUACAUUGUUCGUACGAUGACACAUUAUCGGGGUAUUGGUUUCAUCGCGAUAAGGAUUGUAUCGCGUGGUUCGCUAAACAACUAGAGAAAUUAGCGCAUCGCGUAAAAUCAAUUUUAUCUGCUAAGGUCCCUAUGGAAACUCUAUCGAAAGAGCAAUAGGAGGCAUAUCGUAACGCAA